AUGCUCAACAAAAAUCAGCGCAGUAGAGACUUCAUUAGGUACGCAGCAUUUGUGAUAUUAGCCAUCAGAUACCAAGGUACAGAAAACAGUGUUGAACCUCUGCGAAAGCGAUUGUUAGGCCCAAUUCUACUUCCACCAACUGGACGUAUUGGCACUCAAGCACCCAUUGUGGCUACUUCUCAGGGACCUAGUGUAUCCAAUCACGAGACUGAACCAGCUACUCCUACACAAGAAGCACGUCCAGAGACAGCAUUUGAACCAGUAACACCUGCACGAUAUUUGCUUCAAUCAAAUGAAUUUUCUACACCAGCAAGCCGUCAUCGCCCUACAAAACAGGUUGCAGAAGGGCAAAACAAGAGAAGGAGUUUGUAG